CACAAGGGAUUGUACAAACAUAUAGAUCAAAAUGGCUUCCGCAGCAGGUCCAACAGAUUUUGUAACUGGGAAGCUUCUAGGAGAAGGCGCUUUCGGAAAAGUAUUUUUAUGUCACGAUAGAACGGAUAAAUCACGAAAGUAUGCCAUGAAAGUGAUUGAUUUGAGUAAGUCACCUCCGGAAGAACGAGACGCAGCAGUUCGGGAAGCUAAGUUAUUACAGCAACUAAAACAUGAGCAUAUUGUGGCUUAUGUUAACUCGUUCAAAGACAGGGCAUCGUUGUGUAUAGUGACCGAGUAUUGUGAUGGUGGAGAUUUAUCUGAGGUACUGGAACAGCGACGAGGAAGACCUCUGGCUGAAGACCAGAUAGUUAAUUGGUUUGGUCAGAUAUGCAGAGCUUUAAAGUAUCUUCAUAUCAGAAAUAUAUUGCAUAGAGAUAUAAAGACACAGAAUGUUUUCCUGACUGGACCCAAGAAAGAUGCAAAAUUAGGAGAUUUGGGAAUAGCUAAAGUAUUAGACAGACGUAAUUCCAAAGCUGUCACAAUGUGUGGAACUCCCAGUUACAUGUCUCCAGAGAUAUUUCAGUUCAAACCUUAUGAUACAAAGAGUGACAUUUGGGCAAUGGGAGUCAUUGUAUAUGAAAUGACAACAUUAGAAAAACCUUUUGAUGCUAUGUUCAUGCAGCAGUUGGUUUUUCAAAUUGUCCACGGAAAGCUUCCUCCAAUGCCUAAAGAUAAAUACAGUACACAGUUAUGUAGUCUGUUAGAAAAAAUGUUGUGUAAAGAUCCAAGUACAAGACCUUCUGCUGAUGACAUUUUGAAAAAUCCUUUGUUUACAACAUUCAAAAAGAAUAAGACUCGAAAACAUAAAACAAAAUAUGAUGAAACACAGACUGGUAACAAAGAUGCUAACAUUAAAUAUCAAUACAACACUGACGAGGGACUGGUUAUUAAGUUAUACAAGAAACAUAUUGCUAGACUCAAGGUAGACGCCAUUGUUAAUGCUGCUAACCAUCGCUUAGCUAACGUUGGGGGUGUUGCUGAUGUAAUAGCGAAAGCUGCGGGUCAUAAAAUGGCACAGGAAUGCAAUCACAUAAUAACCCAGGAAGGUCAAAUUUUUGAUGGUGACAACGUAGUGACUUCAGCUGGUAACCUUCCAUACCAAGCUGUUAUACAUGCAGUUGGUCCAAGAUGGCACGAAUACAAAAAUAAAGCAGAAUGUCUGAAUAUACUGAAGGUUACUAUCAGCAAUAUCCUAGAUACAGCACGAAACACUAGUUUUAAGUGUGUAGCAAUGCCGCCGAUAAGUUCAGGGGUGUGUGGUGUUCCUAAGUCGAUGUGUGCUGCUAUGUACUUGAGAGGUAUUUGUGAUUUUAGUAAACAAGGAAAGUUGGGCUCGAUGAAAGAAUUCCACAUUAUAGAUAUACACGACGAUAUUCUGGACAUGAUAAACGAUUGGCAUUCUAAAUUGAAGAAGAACCCAAGAUGUCUUGAUUUUGAUGCAGUACUUUCAGGGUCUGACGGUGUCAACAUUUUACGGAAUUAUCGUGGUAAAACUGAUAUACAUAUUUAUACAAAAGAUAUCUUGAAAAUAAGAGGCAUAGAUGUCAUUGUUGUAAGUGAAGACAGUUUAGUCAAAGGAGAGGGUGGUUUAUCUAGAACAUUGCUUGCUGCUGGCUGUGACCAAUACAGACAAGAACACCGACAACUACAACCACAAUCGACUGGUUUAUCUCGAACAAUGGUUUUAAUGACAUCUGGUGGUCACAAGCUGCCAUUCAAACAUGUCUUGCAUGCAAUUUUGAGGAGAGAAAAGGGCGAUACUGAGGAAAUGUAUCAAACCGUUUUAUGGUCAACCAUUGAAAAUGUUCUGUCGACAGUAAAUACUUUAGACAAGAAGUCAAAGAAAGAAGUUACCCUAGCCAUACCAAUGAUAGGACUAGGUGCAAAACCAAGCGAUGAAAUAAUGAAAAAGUGUUGCUGGACUUUGAAGGAAUCAAUAACAAAGUUUCUUGAAGUAUGGCCAUCAAUUAGUAUCAGUGAAAUACAUCUAGUAAAUAACUUUGAUACUACCACGAGAGUACUUCAACAGAUGUUUCAUAAUACCAAAUCGUCUCGAUGAGCCAAAGCUAUAUAUAUGCUGGGUUAUCCUGGGUCAACACAGCGGCCAAAGAUUUUCUGUGAUAAAAUUUUUCUCAUUGUUUCGUUAGUCAUUUCCCCUUUUUACUUGUACAAUAAGAACCAUGCAUUCUCUCCAAAUCCAGGUGCGGGAUUUUCUCGCUGCGUUGAAGACCCGUUGAUGGCCUUCGGCUGUUAUCUGCUCUAUGGUCGGGUCGUUGUCUCUUUGACAUAUUCCCCAUUUCCAUUCUCAAUUUUAGUUAUAUACUUGUCUAAAAUAGGAUUAUCCGGCGUAAAGUGUAAGAAUCGAGAUUCAUUUAGAAACUCCUAGUAAUGCCCAAAACGUCAAGCAUAUAACUUCUUUAAUGAUGUAAAAAGAAAUUGAACAAAUGAUAUAACUGUGACCAUAAUAACGCUUCUUUUAUGAGGGUAUGAUAGAUAUAGUUUUCAAUAUUUUUCUUUUACGUUUUCUUUAUUUACAUAUUGAUGUAUACAUUCAAAUCGUUCGCACAGGCGAUGUGCCAUCGCUUGCUGUAAAACUGGAAAUCAUUACUAACUAACUAUAUGAUACUUAUGAAAUUGUAUUAAUUAUUAGCAAUACUAUAUUUUCGUUUUAAAACUUAUUUAUUAGGAAAUAGGAAGUUUUUAAGAUAUACCCCCUUAACGUUUUUUUAUUUCCGUGUAGCAAUUUCGUGAGAAAAAUAAACCAUCACGAGCUGGCACUAGCCGGUAAUUAGCCAAGGGAUGUGUUCUCAUAAAGCAAAACCGUGAGUUCGGACGCAUGAAAUUAUCAAACGUGUUGUUUUCAAUUUUGUUCGCAAACUUUUCUUGAACAAAUUUGGAGUCGGACUUUUGUCAUCAACCUUUUGUAAAUAAUUUUAGGUCAAAGCACAGUAAAUGAGCGAUGUCACAUACAUUUCGGGAUACUUUUGUUAACAAUUAAUUGAACAUAUUGAACUUUAACAAAAACUUGAAAUUUAUUCAUUUAACUGCCAUGUCCACAAAAAAGUCGGCUGGAUUCCGAUAAAUUUAUUAUGUAGUGACUUGCAGGGAUAUAUGGCAGUAAUGGGAAUACAUUUGAUCCAUGAAACAUAUGUUGUUGGCGGGAGUCCAUGGAAGCUGCCAUAAGAAGAUAAUUAAAAAAUAUGAUAAAUAGCAAUAGAUCACAGACAUGUGACGACAUGCCUCAUAUUCUACAAAAAUAAUGAAAUUGUCUUUCUUGAACGUUUAAAAAAACCCUUUUUUUUCUGCAUUACCCCUGCUUAUUUUCACCUAGUCUUACUAUUACACUUAUUUUUUAGUAAUUUGUAUCUUUCUUUGUAAUUGAAUACCUCAGACUUUCAUAGUCUCUUGUUUUCUUUUAUAAUAGGGUUUUUUUUUGUUUUUUUUUUGUUUGUUGUUUUCAUCAUUUUGUCUGUCUAUAUAUUAUAUACAUAUCUUUUUUUUUAUUUCAGUAGACCUUAUUUAUUUAAUUUGAAAUGUCCAUGUAAUUAUAUCAAAUAAAAGUAAGAAAUU